AUGGAUGGGGGUAGCAGCCUCAACAUCCUGUAUGUAGAGACCCUCGACGCCAUGGACAUCUCGCAGUCCAAGCUCUGCACUUCCGUCUUCCUCUUCCUUGGGAUCGUCCCAGGCAUGAGGGCGUACCCCCUAGGGAAUAUAGAGCUGCCGAUCACGUUCGGCGACCGCAACAACUUCUGCACCGAGACCCUAAUCUUCGAGUUCAAGCUAAAGAUGCUGGGGCCAAACGGCAUCAUCACAGUCAACGGCUCCUUCAAGCAGGCGUACGCCUGCGGUCGCGAGCACUUCGAGCUCGCCACCGCCAUCGCCAACUCCGCCGAGCUCUAG